AUGCCUGCCAAGGCUCUUGUCAACCCCGCUCACACCCCUGGACAUACCUGCAUUGCGUUCUCUCGCGAUGGCUCACGCGUCUACACAGGCGGUGCCGAUUCCCUUGUUCGUAUAUGGGACACAGCCCUUGGAGAAGACCAGGAGCCGCCAUGCGCAACGGAGGCACUUGAGGAGGUUACCGCCAUCGCUGCUGCUCCCGACUGCUGGAUUUCCGGGAGCAAAGACUCAGAUGUCAGGCAGUAUGAACCUGGAAAACCGAACAUGCGAGGCCUUCUCACCAACAAUGCUGGGAUACCCAUUCGUUCUGUCGCCGUAGAUCCAAAGGGAAAACGAGUUGCAGUAACUUCUGACGAAACCACAGUCAAGGUCAUUGACCUGGAAGACAUCACCAAGAUGACCGUGCUUGAAGGCCACACCAAGGCUGUUCGCAAAGCGACGUGGCAUCCAUCGGGUUCACUCCUUACUACAUGUGGCGCUGAUGGCAAGAUCAUUGCAUGGGACGUCUCAGGGAGCGAGCCAAAGCAGGAGAAAGUGAUUGAAGGCGUUCUUCCUGUUGCGGGGGACUCAGAAGCACCCGAAUUCGGGUACGACUGCUCGGCGGUCUGGCAUACAUCUGGACAAUACUUCUUCGUAGCUACGCGCACCCACGAAAUUGCAACAAUCUCCCGUUCGGACUGGUCGAAAUCCUCGACCCUCUCCGAUGAUGCGUGCACUGGCGAUAUCACGGCCCUCGCACUCUCCAGUAACGGCGUUUACCUCGCCGCCGCGUCCAAGUCUGGCAUCUUCAUCUGGUCAACGCAGAACAGGCGCAUGCUUUUCCGAUAUCAAGGCGCGCUGAACGCGCCCAUAACGCAGAUGGCCUUCUCUCCCUUGAGGAAUCUCCUCGCCUGGACAGACACGGAAGGCGACCUCACCCGCUGGCCCGACCCUAUUCCAUCAUCCGCCCCGGAUCCCGUCAAGAACUCCGCGGGCACUAACUCCGUCACUGUACCUGUGAAGCGGAAGGGCACCCCGACAUUGUUCGACGAUGACAAUGUCGCUGUCGCGCGACCUGAGAAGCAGAACGGGGACGUCGACCUGGAUGAGGAUUUGGGGAUUGACCUCGACAACGAUGAUUGGAUUCUUGACGACAUGGAUGGUGCUCUGAAUGAUGACGGAGAGGCCAAACGAUUGGCAGUCGAGGGCGGUGUCAAGGAGAUGGUAGUCAGUGUAACGAAGGCACAGCCAGCUUUCCAGCCCGGCUCGACUCCAAUGGAGAACAAGAAGCGGUAUCUUGCAUACAACAUGGUUGGCGUCAUCGAGGUGACGGACCAAGAUACCCACCACAUUGUGAACGUCGAGUUCCACGACCGGUCGUUACGAAAAAGCUACCACUUCACAGACCACUUCCGCUACGACAUCGCCUCCCUUGGUGAACGUGGUGCGCUAUACGCCUGCCAACCUGAAGCAGAGCAUGCAGCACAUGUCAUUUAUAAGCCUUAUGGCACCUGGGCCUCUCAGUCCGAGUGGACGUACGAGCUCCCCACGGGCACGCGGGUACUCGGGAUCGCUGCAGGCGGUCCACCACCCUCCAAGUCUCUCCGAGAUAAGAGCGACGUGGACGGCGGGGGACAGGGUAACGUGGUACUCGCGACUAGUGAUGGCGAGCUCGUCUUCCUUACAGGUAGCGGAAUCGAGCGUGCGUGCCUUAGCAUGCCGGGCGACUUCGUCACGAUGGUCGCGGGCAGCGAGUGGGUAUUUAUCGUAUCGCGUGACGGUAGCACUACCAUGGAUGGUUCCCAAAACCUCACCGGCCGAUUGAUCAAGUUUGACGACUUUUGCGUUCUCCAGAAGGAUGCUCUUCCAAUUCCUAAACGACACACGCUAAAGUGGGUCGGGAUCACAGAAGAAGGCGCCCCUGCGAUGUACGAUUCAUCCGGCGUGCUACACCUCAUGCCCCGCUUCCGGAUACCUCUUUCCGCUACAUGGAUGCGCGUACUCGACACGAACAAGCUUGAGCGACGAGAGGGCAAACACGAGUCAUAUUGGCCCGUCGGCCUUGCGGGCGAAGCCUUCAUGUGUCUGAUCCUCAAGGGUCGGCAGGCGCAUCCCGGCUUCCCGCGCCCCCUCAUCCAAGAACUUGCCAUCCGGCUACCAUUCAAACGCACAGACCCCAAGGAGGCUCCCCUCGAAGAGCACUUCGCACGCGAAACAAUGCUCCUCGACAUCCUCCGGGACGGCCUCGGCGAGGACGAGCUCACGACCGACGCCCUCGCCGCGCGCGAGCUCGCGCUCGACAAGGAGCUCAUCCAGCUCAUCCAGCACGCAUGCAAGACGGACCGCCUCGCGCGCGCGCUCGACCUCGCCCGCCUGCUGCACCUCACGCCCUCGUUCGACAUGGCGAUCAAGGUCGCGGGCUUCUACCACCUCCUCGGUCUGCAGGAGAAGCUCGAGGCGCUUAAGGCCGACCGCGCCGCGGACGACCGCCUCGAGGGCCUGCGCGACCGCCGGCGCGGGAUUGCGGACGACUUUGCCCCAGUGCCCGCGAUGCGGCUGCCGGGGGUGGGCGGCGAGGGCGCGCGGCCGAAGGCGUUCCAGGACUUCCGGCCGCCCCCUGCGCUGCAUAGGCCUGGGCUCGAGCGCGCGCAGGCGUCGGGAAGCGGUUCGGGGCGCGGCAAUACGGACACGCAGAUGACGGACGAUGCGACUGUGUAUGGGGGUGCGACGCAGAACGAUGGGUGGGGGACACCGUCGCCGGAUGGGAAGCGCAAGCGGCCGUUGGAUGAAGAGACGCCCCGUGCGCGCUCGCCGGGUCUCGAUUCCGGCGCAAAGCGUCGGGCGAUCGGCGACUCUGCUUCGACAGCUAGAGCUGCCGUUGCGCCACAGCCUAGGAGCAAUCCGUUCGCACGCAAACCCGCUGCGGAUAACAACCGCAACCCGUUCGCGCGAAGCGCAGACACGAACAAAUCCGUACACAAGAGCGAGAGCUUCUUCGUAAAAGUAGACGCAGCGGAGGCUGACAAGGGCAAACAGCCCAAGCAGUCCAAGGCAAAACCGAAAGAGAAGGAGAAGAAAGAAGUCGGCAGGCAGACGACGCUGUUCGGCCUGCCGCCGGCCCAGCCUGCAGAGAAGAAGACCGCCGUACGGAAGAAGAAAGCGGGCACUCCUGCAGGAGAGGAGUCGCAGGACACGGCUUCACGCAUGAAGACGCAGACGGACACGCAGACAGACAUUCCGAUGGAGGAGAGCCAGGCUGAGACCGAGGGUGGGGGGGACACGCAGGUCGACGAGCCGUCGCAGGUGCCGACUGAGGUUGAGAGUCAAGUUCAGAACACGGACGCGAUGGACGCAGAGGACGCUGGGACGCCAAUCGAGUGGCCUGAGUCUCCGGAGCUCCGCACGCGGGAGCUGGAGGCGGUAGCCUGA